UUGGCUUUCCAGCAUCCUCUCCGACUUGCCGGAAACUAAAUCCGCGCGUGGCUUGUCAUCUUCCUCAUGAGCGACUGGAAGCAGGCAGUCCUGUAAAGCUGCAGGUCCUGAGGGGGACAUGACAAAGGAGGAUGUUUCAGAGCCAGUGGAAGGGGACGCCGUCCUGGGCUGCUGCGCCAGACUCCCUUCUCACCAGCGGCCGGUCAUCCACCAGGUGGCCUCUGCACCCAUGCCCAGCGACUGCGAGUUCUCCUUCUUUGAUCCCAGCGAGCCACAAUGCAGGGAGGUCCUUCUGGACCCCUGUACCACCAUACCGGAGCUGUUUGCGGUGCUCAGGCAGUGGGUUCCUCAGGUGCAGAAGAACAUCAGCCUCAUCGGCACAGAGAUCCUGAAGAGAGGCGGCGGAGUGAACGACCGAGACGGCCUGACAGACAUGAGCCUCCUGCACUACUGCUGCAAGGCCGGCGCCCCGGGCAUCGGCGACGCGGAGACGGCGGCCGGCUUCGCCCGCCAGCUCCUGGCCGCCGGCGCCGAUCCCAACCUCCGCUCGCGCUGGACCAACAUGAGAGCCCUGCACUACGCCGCCUACUUCGACGUGCCGCAGCUCAUCCGCGUGGUGCUGCAGGCCUCGCAGCCCGGAGACAUCGAUGCCACCUGCAGUGACUUUGACUUCGGCACAGCUCUGCACAUCGCCGCGUCCAACCUGUGCACCUCAGCGGUCAGAUGUCUCCUGGAGCUGGGAGCCAAUCCUGCAUUCAGGAACGAGAAAGGACAGUGCCCAGCGGACGUGGUGCCCGACCCCCUCGACAUGCCCCUGGAGAUGGCGGACGCGGCGGCGGCGGCCAAGGAGCUGCACGCCUUGCUGAGGCAGGCCCUGCCCAGACCCAGCUCGCCUCUGCCGCUCACGCUGCUCGCUCAGUCGCUCCCGCCGGCGCUCUCCGACAAGGCCAGGAUCCAGCUGGCCUCCAUGGGGAUCCGGCUGGGUGACAGGGUGGUGAUCGCUGGACAGAAGGUUGGAACUCUGAGAUUCUGCGGCAGCACCGAGUUCUCCGGUGGCCUCUGGGCCGGAGUGGAACUGGACAAACCCGAAGGAAAGAACGACGGCUCGGUAGCAGGGGUUCAGUACUUCACCUGCCGGAUCAAACACGGAAUUUUUGCUCCGUUGUCCAAAAUAAGCAAGCCUUCAGAAAGACACAGAAGCAGCACAGUGAAGACGUCCACCCCCAUCCGCCCCCCUCGCCGCAUCGACCUGUCCCGCAUCACCUCGAAGAUCAACACCGGGUUAUCUCUCACUGUUACAAACACACCCGAUAUGCAAAACGGCCCACCUGGUCACAGUCAAGGUGAAGAAGCCGACAUAAAGACAGGAGUCUCCCGCUCCCUCUCGUCUUCCUCCUCCUCUCUGGAUUCUCGGCACGGACCGGCCGCCCGGCCCCGCCCCUUCCCGAGGCAGCGGCUGCCCCCCAGGCAGAGGAGGGAGCGGGCGUCCCCCAGUCCCAGGACGACGCCCUCCCCGGCCCUCCGCUCGUCCCCUGGGACCACGACACUCUCCACUGCAGGUCCUCGAAGCCGAACCCCCUCGGGCAGCAGCUCCCUGUGUGAGGGCUCCGAGGUUCGCCUGGGGGAGCGGGUACUGGUCGUGGGUCAGAGGACCGGUGUGGUCCAGUUCUAUGGAAAGACCAGCUUUGCUCCAGGCCUCUGGUUGGGAAUCGAACUGGACAAGCCAAGCGGUAAAAACGACGGCUCGGUGGGGGGCGUGAGGUACUUCUCCUGCCCUCCGAAGCACGGGGUCUUUGCUCCUCCGUCUCGUGUUCAAAGGAUCCACGGAUCUGUUGAUUGCCUUUCCGAGCUCACCUCGGCGCGCCUCAGCCACUCGUUCAGCGGGACGAUUCGCCGCAGCUUCAGCACCUCGUCGGCCAUAGCCGCCCCGAAGGAGACGAGCAGGAGGAGCCCUGCUGCCAGGAGUCGCUCUAAUCCUCACCGCCGCCGCUGGAGCGCGCUCAGCGGGAGCCGGACGGGAGACUCCAGCCCGUCGCCCGGCCUCGAGGGCCAGGUCCGCCUCCACGUCGGCAUGCAGGUCCUGCUGAGCAGCGCCAACGAGAUGGCCUCCAUCCGCUACCUGGGCACGGCGGAGUUCGCCCCGGGCCUCUGGCUGGGCCUGGAGCUCCGGAGCCCCAAGGGCAAGAACGACGGCUCGGUGGGCGGGCGCCGCUACUUCAGCUGCCGGCCCGGCCACGGCGUGCUGGUGCGGCCCAGCCGGGUCACCUACCGGGGCAUCAACGGCUCGCGCCUGGUGAACGAAAACAGCUGAAGAAGACAGAGAAAUGGACCGAGGGGGGGGUUAACCAUCAAUUUUUGACAUAAAUAGGUGACAAAAAGCACUUUAUUGAGCUAACAUCUUAAGAGUUUUCUUUUUUUUUUUUUUUUUUUGCUAAAAUGAGCGGUCUUAAUAAGACAUUAAACUCUGCACUACUUCCAAACUGAUUGCACUGUUGAGACAUCGAUGUGAUCGACUAGAAUAAGAACGAGCGGACUGAACGGACGUGCACACCUGGAAACCAAUUUUCUAAACUCGGAGUCGGAAGUUUGAUCACAUCCGCUGAGAUUUUUAUCAGAUAAUUUAAAAGCUAUCAUUAUACCGUGUAACCAAAAGUGUGCAUGAGCAUACGGGCGCGUGCAUGCGGAGACUAAUUAAGAGCACUUUGAAACGAGCGAUUGAUUUCACAGGAGAUGUGGGAAGACUUGACGGAUGCCGCGUCAGAACCAGAUAUUUUCCUUCAUGAAGCAGCGCCGGGGGUCGAUAGAUUUAAUUAAACUUCCGCCGUAUGACAGCCACACAAGCAGAGGUUCUGUUCUUUUCUGUCCGUCUGUCUCGUAACGCAGGUGAAGGACGGAGUCUGCCCUUCUGUUUCCGAGUAGCAAGAGGCUAACGACCCUGCUUGUAGUCGGGAUAGAGAUGAGGUUUAGUCACAUCUCAUGAGAAAUUAAAUUUUCACUUCAAAAACACAUUAACUUCAUCUGGGAACACCCUUGAUGGAGGACGCCUCAAUUUCCGCGCCAUUAUUUUUCACAUUUGGAGAAUUUUGCGUCAAGCAUUCUUUUUUUUCGACUAAGCAAAGACUGUUAUUACAUUUCAACCAGCUCUGAGAUGGUUUUUAAAGCUGCCAGUGUGAGAAACUUCAAACUUCCUUCACCCUCUCCACCACACCUGUGGGGAUUUUCCUCCAAGUGAAACGAUUUCAGACGUGGCAGCUAAGUAUGGCUGUCCAAGACAAUGAGGGAAUGUUCCUAACGGCAGCAGAGGAGCUUCAAAAAGGUCUUCAUAUGCAGGGUUUUCUUCCACUCUUGCUGUUGUUGGUACAGUUAAAACCAACCCAUUGAUAAAUCUGACUGCAUUCUGCCUCAUUUUCACCUUGAAUUCCCAGAACCCAUUGAUUCUGACCUGUUUAACCUGCCAGUGAAUCUUCUAAAUUUGCCAUUUCCUGCAUGUUCCCAACUUCGAUCUCGACUCCAGAAGCCUCCCAGUGUUCUACAGUCGUCAGUGUUUUUGUGGAGGAACAUGAGAUGGAGCUCAUUCCAACUGAUUCCUGAAUUAACCGAAUCCACGGAACAUAUGAUCAUGCAGAAGUUUUCAGCGUUGGAGUUUGCAUCUGAUUAGAUUUUGCUCGAGAACUAGACGUUGAUUAUUGCGCAUGUGGAAAAACAGGCCCACUGUUUGGUAAAACACUCAUGUACCAUCCAAUUAGUUGCAUGCGGUCCACAACAGUGGUUUUGCAGAGUCUCCAGUGGCCUUGUCUCAUUGAUCCGUCUUCCCCCACGUGAUUGAAAAGCAGCAGUGGUCUCCGAGCGCAAGGUUGCGUGAAAUAUCUGCCACAAAUGAAGUGAAGAGAGAGAAAAAAAAAAUGUCUUCCCAAAGUAUUCAUUAAAUUUCCUCUUCAAAAAUAGCUUCUUGUUUAUAACUCGAGGCAAACAGCUUGUGCAGCAUUUGUAACAAUUCCACCUCUCAGAUGUGGAUUUCAAGUGCAUCACGAGCCCAGUUUUUACUUUCCUGACGCGCGUGAUCGUCUUUUUUUGUGAGGGUGUAUUGAGUUAUGUGGGUGUGCAACACAACGGUUUCAUCUGAUCCAUUUACAUGUUGUGCGGGGGGGGAGAAAGCAAACAGUAUUUGUAAAAUAAAAAGUCUAU